AUGGCUGAUGAAAAAAAAAGUUACCCAGUACCAUACAAAUCUCAACUUCAAGAGAAAUUUGAACCAGGACAAACUCUUAUUGUCAAGGGAUCUACUAUUGAGGAAUCUCAAAGAUUUACUGUAAAUCUUCAUUGUAAAUCUGCUGACUUCUCUGGAAAUGAUGUUCCACUUCAUAUUUCUGUUCGUUUUGAUGAAGGAAAAAUUGUUCUUAAUACUUUCUCCAAUGGAGAUUGGGGUAAAGAAGAAAGAAAAAGUAAUCCAAUUAAGAAGGGUGAACCAUUCGACAUUAGAAUUCGUGCUCAUGAUGAUAGAUUCCAAAUUAUGAUUGAUCAAAAAGAAUUCAAAGAUUAUGAACAUAGACUUCCACUUUCAUCCAUUACUCAUUUCUCUGUUGAUGGAGAUAUUUAUUUGAAUACUAUUCAUUGGGGAGGAAAAUAUUAUCCAGUACCAUAUGAAAGUGGAAUUGCUUCUGGAUUCCCAGUAGAAAAGUCACUUCUUAUCUACGCUACUCCUGAAAAGAAGGCUAAACGUUUUAACAUUAACCUUUUGCGCAAAAAUGGAGAUAUUGCCCUUCAUUUUAAUCCCCGUUUUGAUGAAAAGGCUGUCGUUCGCAAUAACCUUCAAGCUGGAGAAUGGGGUAAUGAGGAACGUGAAGGUAAGAUGCCAUUUGAAAAGGGAGUUGGAUUUGAUCUCAAAAUUGUCAACGAACAAUUCUCUUUCCAAAUUUAUGUUAAUGGAGAACGCUUCUGCACUUUUGCUCAUCGUUGUGAUCCAAAUGACAUUUCUGGUCUUCAAAUUCAAGGAGACCUCGAACUUACUGGAAUUCAAAUUAAUUAA